UUUCACUCGAAACUGGCAGCAAUUUCUGGAUUCUCCAUCUUGAAAUCCUUGCACUUUCAUUUCAUAUAAACAUAUAGCUGAAAAUUUAGUCCACUCCUACUCAAAGAAAAAAUUGUGAAGCAUGGUUGAUGCAGUUGUGUCAUAUGUGGUACAUAAGCUUGGAGAUUAUAUCAUCCAAGAAGCAGUGUUUUUACGAGAUGUGAGAGAUGAAGUGCAGUUGCUAAAGAAUGAGCUUGAAUGGAUGCAAUGUUUCAUCAAGGAUGCCGAAGAAAAACAAGUUGAAGAUGCUAUGAUUCGCAAGUGGGUUUCUGAUAUCAGAGACAUUGCUUAUGAUACUGAGGAUGUCUUGGAUAAUUUCAUGCUCAAAAUCGAUCACGGAAAGACUCCGAGUCGAGAUCGACCGGCUCUCUUUGCUUUGAUCAGGAAGUAUUCAUGUCUAUUUGAUAUAGGCAAGAUGAAAGAUCUGUAUGGCAUAGGCAAGGAGAUUGAAUCAGUUCAGAAAAGGAUCAUCGAUCUAUCUCGUAAACGGGAAUUGUAUCGCCUUGAGGAUAUUGGUAAUAGGAGGGAAGGAAAGAGCAAUAAUCUUGAGAGGUUGAUAGAUUUAAGAAGAGCCACUUCCUUUGUAGUUGAUGAGAACAUCGUUGGCUUUGAGGAUGAUGCUAAAAUGUUGUUGGGUAAACUUCUUGAGGGUGAGCCACGGCGUUUUGUGGUUUCCAUCUUUGGCAUGGGAGGUCUGGGCAAAACCACUCUGGCUAAAAAACUUUACCACAACAUUGAUGUCUUGAAUAAAUUCAACCUACGAGCUUGGGUGUAUGUCUCUCAAGAUUACCAAACUCAAGAUCUUCUUCGACGAAUUAUAAAGUCUUUUGAGAUCAAAAUUAACGGAGUGGAGUUAGAGAAGAUGAGCGAAGAGGAUUUGGAGAGGUAUCUGUAUAAAUCUUUACAAGGACGCUCAUAUUUGGCGGUGAUUGAUGAUGUAUGGCAGAAAGAAGCAUGGGAGAGUUUGAAAAGAGCCUUUCCGGAUGGCAACAAUGGAAGCAGAGUUAUAAUCACUACUCGCAUCAAAGAAGUAGCUGAGCGUUCGGAUGAGAGAAUUCAUGUUCAUAAACUUCGUUUUCUUAGGCCUGAUGAGUCUUGGAACUUAUUCUGUGAGAAAUCUUUUCGAAAAUCGAAUGCAAACGAAGAAUUAGAAAAGCUGGGAAGAGAAAUGGUUGAAAAAUGCGGCGGUCUGCCACUUGCCAUAAUUGUAUUAGGCGGGCUGUUGUCUACAAAGAAACCACAAGAGUGGCGCUCGGUUCGUGAUCACAUUUGGCAGCAUUUAAGGAAUGAUUCAAUCCACAUACCUUCCUUAUUAACUUUAAGCUUCAAUGAUUUGCCUUAUCAAUUGAAGCUCUGCUUUCUCUAUCUUGGGGUUUUCCCUGAGGAUUUUGAGUUCUUUAUAGAGAAAGCAAUCCGAUUACUGGUAGCAGAAGGUUUCAUAAGAGAAGAUGAUGAUCGUGUAAUGGAAGAGGUGGCAAAAAACAACCUCGAUGAGUUGAUCAAUAGAAGCUUGAUUCAAAUUGAAAACAUAUGUCGAGGGAGGGUUGAAACAUGCCGAAUCCAUGAUCUUUUGCGGGAUCUGGCAAUUCAAAAGGCAAAAGAGCUGAAUUUCUUUCACAUUUACGACGGAAUUCACCAUCCAACUUGCUCUCCAACUCCAACAUCAUCAGCUCGCCGACUAGUUUUUUAUUCUGAAACAAGUUCCUCGUUCCAACAUUGUAAUUCUCUCUCACGUUCCCUCUUGUUGUACGAUCGAGAUCAGGACUCUUUCAGGCAAACAUCAACCGCUAUUUUCACAAGACUCAGGUUGCUUAGAGUUCUUCAUGUCGAGAAUUAUGGAGGCUACAUUAAUUGCCAUAGGUUACCCAAAGAGAUUGGGCAGUUGGUCCACUUAAAAUAUUUAACGGUAAGGAUUUCAUUCAUCAGAAAUCUUCCACCAUCGAUAGUCAACUUACGAAAACUGCAAACUCUGGACUUAUACUCUCGCAGAUGGCUCCUCAAGCUUCCCAUUGGAAUUGGCAAAUUGCAGGAGUUGAGGCAUUUAAUCGGAACAUUUGAAGGGCCUUUGCCGAUAGACAAUUUGACAAACCUUCAGACUCUGAAGUUCGUAAGCUAUGAAAGUUGGAGUAAAGUUCAUCCUGAUAAGCUGGUUAAUCUUCGCGAGCUGCACAUCAAUCAUUUCCACACACAAGAACAAGAACAAGAACCAUUCAUAUUCGACUCUAUUGCCAAGCUGAAAAACAUUAGAAUUUUAUCGGUAGAACUGUCCGGCGUUCAUUCUUUUAGUUCACUGCAACCACUUUCUCACUGUCCACGGCUCCAGGAUUUGACAUUGGGUGGGAAGAUAGAGGAACUACCAGCAGACAUGCACACAAUGUUGCCGAAUCUCGAAUGCUUAUCGUUAAGUAAUUCGAAUCUUCAGGAUGAUCCGAUGCCAAAGUUAGAGAAGUUACCGAACCUAGUAAGUCUGGAAUUGCGGUUUCAUUCUUACCAUGGAAAGAAAAUGAUAUGCAGGGAAAAGGGUUUUUCUCAGCUUGAAAGUUUAGAAAUUCUUGACCUGUACGAGUGGGAGGAAUGGCAAGUUGAGAAAGGAGCUAUGCCUAUGCUUAAAAAUCUGGAGAUCAACCCAAAGAACUCCGAGCUGAGAAUUCCAGAAAGAUUGAUAUCAAUCCCUGCCCCUACCAGGAGAUAUUCGACUGCACGCACUCGUUUCUAAUUAAAAAUUUAGUAACUGGAAUGCUUUGUCUUAGUGUGUUUUUCCAUUUGAACUAUACUAUACAUUAACU